AUGGCCGGAAUUACCGCCUCUCCUCCUCGUUCUCCCUCGUUCAGAGCCGGCAAGUCAUCGCGAUCUUCGUCUGCUUCGCGCCCGAGUCUCUCGCUUGAUGUCUCCAACCUCCCUCCUCUCUCCCAGCCAACCCCACCAUCCAACACUCUCCUGAUCACCGGCUUGCACGAUCUCGUUCUCUUCCAACCGGCUUCUCUCGAUGCCCUCCGCAGCCAGAUCACCGCUAUCGCGCCCCUGAACUCUUUCUCCCCACUGCCGUCUCUCCGCCGCAUCGUCUGCUCCUUCCACUGCGAGGCCGACGCAAUCGAGAUCCGCAAGCUGUUCGACGGCCAAUUCCUUCUUAACCGCGACACCGUCCGCACAAAGAUCUACUUUGGUGAACCCACCCCGAUCCUCGACGAAGAGCAUGGCCCCAAGUUGCUCCAGGCCCCGCAGUCCGACAAGCUCUUCUUCAUCAGCCCGCCGCCGAGCCCCCCGCACGGAUGGGUGAUGCGCACUGAGGAACCCCCAAACAAGGAGGUGCAUGCCAGCGAUCUCGCCCAGGCCUUGGCUCAGCUCAAGACCGAACAGACCUCCUUCAACGACGCUCCUGCUGACCCGGACACUCCCAUGUCUCUCACCUCGGACAAGAGAACCUCCAGCUGGCCCGCCUCUUUCCCCCAGCAGCGCAGCCGAAGCAGCACUCUUAUCUACCACCCCGAGGACCACGGUGGUACUCCCGACCUCCCCGCUGUCAUGGUCGAGGAUACCAGUGCCGGCCCUGAUGACUCUGACAUGGAGAUGAGCCCCAUCGAUCUGCCCGUGAAGAAGAGUCCUCCCAAGACAUCUCGUCCUCCCGUCGAAUUGAUGGAUAAGUGGACCAGAUAG